UCUGUUUUUUCAAAAUUUUCGAAUCUGGUCACACUGGAGGCAGCGUCUUUUAGGUUCCGGCUGUUUAUUUUAGUUUUUUUAACUCAGGAAAAAUUAACAAUGUUUUACCACAUAUCGCUGGAGCACGAGAUUCUUCUUCAUCCACGUUAUUUUGGCCCGCAACUGCUGGAGACCGUGAAGCAGAAACUUUACUCCGAAGUGGAGGGCACCUGCACGGGAAAGUACGGAUUCGUGAUAGCGGUGACGACGAUAGACCAGAUCGGAUCCGGUGUCAUCCAGCCGGGGCAGGGAUUUGUGGUAUACCCGGUUAAGUACAAAGCCAUCGUCUUUCGGCCUUUCAAGGGCGAAGUUCUGGACGCAGUGGUCAAACAGAUCAACAAAGUGGGCAUGUUUGCAGAGAUAGGCCCGCUGUCCUGCUUCAUUUCGCACCAUUCUAUUCCCGCCGACAUGCAGUUCUGCCCGAACGGCAAUCCGCCCUGCUACAAGAGUAAAGAUGAGGACGUGGUUAUCUCCGGGGAGGAUAAGAUUCGGCUGAAGAUUGUGGGAACACGAGUGGACGCCACUGGAAUUUUUGCAAUUGGCACUUUGAUGGACGACUACUUGGGAUUGGUGUGCAACUAAAAUCAAGAUUUUUGCGUACAAUUUAUAUAUAUAUAUAUAUUAAUCUUUAAUGAAAUGCAUUUAGACAGUUAAACAUCUAUGUGUAUAUAGUAAUAAAUAUGUAUGUACUUUAUAAGGUUUGAUUUCAAUUAAAGGUACGU